AUGUUGCUGCAGAUAUCACCAAGUUUGAGGCAUGUCACUGUACUUCCUGGAAAAGGGUUGAAGGAAUUUAUCAAAGUGAAGGUUGCAUCAAGGAGGCUUUCUUAUCGGAUGCUCUUCUAUUCACUUCUGUUCUUCACGUUUCUUCUUCGGUUUGUGUUUGUUUUGACAGCAGUGGAUGGCAUUGAUGGAGAAAACAAGUGCUCUUCCAUAGGUUGCCUGGGAAUAAAACUGAAGCCAAAGAUUUUGGGAAGAAGUCUUGAGUCAAAUGUCCCAGAAGUGAUAUACGGAAUAUUAGAUGAACCCCUAGGCAAAGAUGAGCUAGAGGGAAGGUCUGAUAUUCCUCAGACUUUAGAAGAGUUCAUGACCCAAAUGAAGGAAGGUGGAUAUGAUGCCAAGACAUUUGCAAUUAAACUAAGAGAAAUGGUAACCUUUAUGGAGCAAAGGACCAGAACAGCCAAAAUCCAAGAAUAUUUAUAUCGUCAUGUAGCAUCAAGCAGCAUACCCAAACAACUUCACUGCCUUGACUUGAGGUUGGCCAAUGAGCACACCAACAAUGCAGCAGCACGGCUUCAGCUACCCUCUGCAGAACUUGUCCCUGCCCUUGUUGACAACUCCUACUUCCACUUUGUCCUUGCCUCAGACAAUGUGCUCGCCGCCUCAGUAGUUGCAACAUCACUCAUUCGCAACAGUUUGCGACCUCAGAAAGUUGUUCUGCACAUAAUUACAGAUAGGAAGACUUAUUAUCCCAUGCAGGCUUGGUUCUCAUUGCACCCUUUAUCACCUGCCAUAAUUGAGGUCAAGGCAUUGCACCAUUUUGAUUGGUUUACAAAGGGAAAAGUUCCUGUGCUAGAAGCAAUGGAAAAAGAUCAAAAUGUGCGAUCACAGUUUAGAGGGGGCUCAUCAGCUAUAGUUGCAAAUACUACUGAGAAGCCAAAUGUUAUUGCAGCAAAGUUGCAAGCACUUAGUCCCAAGUAUAAUUCUGUGAUGAAUCACAUUCGGAUACAUCUUCCAGAGUUGUUCUCAAGUCUUAACAAGGUCGUCUUCCUCGAUGAUGACAUUGUGGUACAAACUGAUCUUUCACCUCUGUGGGACAUUGACAUGAAUGGAAAAGUCAAUGGAGCAGUAGAAACAUGCACAGGAGAAGAUAAGUUUGUGAUGUCAAAGAGGUUGAAAAGCUAUUUGAACUUCUCCCAUCCUCUAAUAUACAAAAAUUUUGAUCCAAAUGAAUGUGCUUGGGCUUAUGGCAUGAACAUUUUUGACCUGGAGGCUUGGAGGAAAACCAAUAUAAGCUCUAGAUACCAUUACUGGGUUGAGCAGAAUAUAAAAUCCGACCUCAGUUUGUGGCAGCUAGGGACAUUACCUCCUGGACUAAUAGCAUUCCAUGGGCAUGUCCACACUAUUGAUCCUUUCUGGCACAUGCUGGGAUUGGGAUAUCAGGAAAAUUCAAGUUUUGCUGAUGCUGAGAGUGCUGGUGUCAUCCAUUUCAAUGGCAGGGCAAAGCCAUGGCUAGAUAUAGCUUUUCCCCAUCUAAGGCCAUUGUGGACCAAGUAUAUUGACUUUUCGGAUUACUUCAUCAAGAGUUGUCACAUUAGGGCAUCAUAGAUUGGAUCAUGAGAAAAUGUGACCUUUUUGAUGAGUUGAAGGAAUGGUAUCUGCAUAUAAAGGAAGAUGAAAAUGAGAGGACUUCAUCAAAGCAUAUGCCCAUCCAUGACAAAGAAGU